AUGGACGCCCACCAGACGGGAUCGACGCCCCCCUCCUCUGAGACUGUCAUAGGCCUUCGUGACGAGCUCUCCUUUUCCUUCAAGAGCCUGGGCGGGGGGGAGGGGGACGACGACAAGGACUCUCACCGCCUCAUGGGUUGGAAGUGCGGGGAGCUGGAGUCCGAAUUCCCCCGUUCUGCAGUGGCGAGCGAUGGGGCGGAGGUGCGGGUGAGUCGUGCUGCUGACAGGAGGGGGUCGAAGGAAACGGAACCUUCAAAGGAGGAAAAACGGUUGGCGCUUCUGCAGAGCAUACAUGAACUUUCCCCCACAACGUUGGAAGGCUCGCAGCGUGAGGCAGGCUUUCUUCUCCCUCUCAUGGCAAGGCCGGCAGGUGGAGGAGGAUCCAUGGCGCAAGCCCCAUCUUGUGGGCGAUCUGUGUCCCAGAUGUCUGCUGAUGAGAGAUCCGACCCUGUUGUUUCGCCGCUGUACGCCCGCUCACGUCAGACCCACGUCAUGCCUGUUCCGAAGCACUGGAGUGUAUUUUACCCUGACGGUAUCGACAGUCAGCCACCUCUUCUGCUGCACUAUUUGUUGCUUGGUGGUUGGCGCACGGUGGCGGGUGGGUGGGACUACUUUAGCCACCGCCGUCUGCAGGAUGGGGAGGUUGUUGGGCAUCAGGUGCGGUGGCUUCAUAAUGCCCAACCACGGGAUCGCUUCGUUUUUGUUGUUUUCCCUGUGGAGCCAAAAUCCGAAGACGCUUCCGUGGGACGGUGGCAAAAAUUUCGUGACCAAAUUUACGGCCCACCCCCGGCCUUUGCCUACAAUAAGGGAAAGUUGUUCAAGAGGCCACCGUUUGGCUCCGCAGGGGCUGUUUUAACGAAGUCGAGAAAAAGCACCUCACUCUCACCGCUGCUGGUGCAGGACGAGGACCUCUCCAGCCCUACUUUAGAGCCGCCGCGACACGGACGCGAGGAGAGGCAGGAACCAGGGCAAGCCAGCACCACGCACAGCGGCAGUGGCAAUGGUGGUGCAGCAAAAACUGUGGGAGUGGAAGUUAUUGAGGUGAGACACGAGGAUGUCACCGCGACAGACUACGGCCCACGCCUCUCAUGUAGUAGGUUCGCCAUUGAGGCGAAGGCGGUGUACGCCUAUUACUUCGCCACCAUAGAGGAGGCAUUUGCGUACUACGACUGCUUGGACGAUCUUUGCCUGAUGGAGGAGCAAAUACGACGCGGGAUAACGAACCUAGUGCCGUUUCACCACAAAGGAGGUCAUUGCAGGAGCUGUCGAGACGGUCCUUUUGUCGGCUUUGAGCACGUCUACGGGGGAACUAGCGUGGUGCAGGCAACGAUGGGAGCGACAACCCCGAGGCCACAAACUAGUGGGGUGAGCAUGGGUGAAGAAACGCCGACGACGACGUGCAGGGAAGAGGUGAUAGAAUCACUUUUCACUACAAUUAUGGACGAAAGUGCCGCAACCACCGACGAAGAAACGAAGAAGCGGACUUCUUGGAACGAGGCCCAGGUGAUGUGCCCCCGCUCACCGGAACCUUUGCGGCUGCCUGCGGACAUCCAACAGCUCGGGUGUCAGCAGCAAUACUGCCAGUUAAAACGAAAUUCACUUCCUCUAAACGCCGCUGCCGUGUGGAACGAUGCAUCCCAUAUGGACUUGCAUUACCCCAGUCACCGAGGCAUCUUUACCCCGUUGGCUUCACACGCAACAUCUGCUCAAAGCCGUGCCCCCGUUGGUGAGCCCAGGAUUCGCCCCCGUCUGUUGCCUACGCUUACCACGGCUCAUUUUGAUACCAUUGUAACCGUGUACUCGGAGGAUCCAAGCUUCAAUGCGGUUUUGCGGGAGGUUUUGAUGCCAGAGCCUGGAACCCAUCCUUACACGGUGUCCCUUAAAGAGCAGCGUCGCAUGCUUUCCAUGUACGAAACAGGGAUGCCGGCUUGGACAAUCUUUCUCGCCUCAACUGGGUUGCCGUACCGCCGCGUAUUUCGUCUCAUUUUUGUGGGACUGGUAAACAUCUGGCCUCUUAUCUCUCUCUUUGUGGGGUUGUACGAUCUCUACAAGCAUUUACCACAGAUGAAAACGUUUGUGUCCACCACCUUGGCCCCAUUACUAGAGUGGAUUGACGAACACUUUACGUUCCGUGUAUCCAUGUUGGUAACGUACAUCAUCUCGGUUGGUGUUACGGUGGCUGCUUCCUUGACAAGUUUUAUGUCGCAAUUUUACAUCCUGGAAGUAACCCUGUACCCCCUACGCCUUCUUGCCGGAUUCCUGCAAACACCCUUUGCCCUGUUGUUUGAGGUGCUGUGGUCUGUCAUCUUCAUUGUUGGUUCCUUCAUCCGACUACUCUUUCUGACGCUAAAAAUGGUCUUUGUGGGGCCCUUUCUCCUCGUCACGCACGUUGCCUCCUGGGAGUUUGGCAGCGCCCCUGUGCUCCCCGCUGCGGUGGAGGGGACAUCACUGAUCAUGAAGUGGUGGCGAGCCUGGCAGGAAUUCUGGGUUACGGUAGCGUCGCCGGUAAAGAACCUGGCAAAGGCGUGGUACGACAGCGUGGUGCAUGUCGCCGUGAGCGCGGCUCGGCGAGAGGCCUCCAUUCGCCGUUGGUACACACCGAAGCUCAGCUACGUGCUUGCCUUUGUGGCAAAAGUGCGGGAGGUGUGUGUGGUGAAUCUUGCCAUUUGGUGGCAGAUGUGCGGACCCGGGUGGGGGCUGUGGCUGAUGAACAUGGUUUUUCUUGCCUACUUGCUGUGUCUGCUGCUCAUGCCCAAAAGCGGCGACGCCGUUCCCCCGUAUGCCCUCUUUAACGCUCACCCCACCCCCCUGCAAGGCGCCUGUGGCAGUGCUGCAGGGACCUGUACGACCCCUGCGCCGGUGGUAGUGGGAGAUGGCGGGGCUCCGCUGCGAGAGAAAGCCCCGCUGUUCAUUGAGGCGGCGGGAGACGCCGGUGAUUUGCCACUCGACAACGGCAACGGUUUCGAUGCCCUGUACUUUGCAUGGGAGACACUCAUUGCGGUGUGGGUUCAAUUGCCGUGGUAA